AUGAACGACCAACAGUAUUAUAAUGGCGGCUACACGAAGCCAGGGACACUUAAUAAAAGUACAAUAGCCGCCAUGAGCCGGGAAAAUUUAAAUUUGAAUCAAGGUCCACAACGUCGUAUGGAACCGAAACAUCUUCAGCAGCCGAGACCACGAAGUGCAGUAGGUCUACAGUAUCGUCAAGAGCAUCCAGACCUUAUAAAGGACUACGGUCAGUCGAACGGUGCCCCCAAUGGUCACCCCCAUUCCUUCCAACCUGACGACCAGCUCCGCCGCAGUCAAGGCACCAACACCAAACACCAGCAACAGAGAGAAUUCCAAAUUCAAAAUUCACCACAAAUGAAUGGUCGGUCUAGUGGAAAUAAUUCAAUGUUCAGAAACUCAGCCGACCAAAGUUCGGCACCACAAAAUAGAGACCUGAUAAUGCAUAAGCAGAAAAGCGUCAACAGUUUUAACCUGGAAUCGCAGACUACAGGAGAAACGGAAAAGAGACCACGUCCUCGUUCGAGAGGUGUGUCAGCUAACAGUUCAGCCAUUGAAUUAAUUAACAUGAACUACAAUUCCAUACAGAAUCAACUGGAACGCAGCUUGCGACCUCCGUCCAGAAUGCAGGUCGAGGACGGAUCACCUACUACCAAAGACGCCGAACAGAGUCUCAACUCAUCUACGGGUAGGAAAACUCCUUAUGAUUUCAGCCAGACAUUACCAGUAGAUGAUUCCAGAACGGAUAGAAAUCCAGGACGGAUGAGUCAAGCAGAAAUCAUUCGCAAUAGAAAUAUGUCAGCUAGCCGCCAGACGCCUGUGGAACCACCACAUCUAAGGAAAUCCCGAACAGAAGAACCUGCUCCUGGAUACCAGUAUUUCACCCAGGACAAAGUAUCCCCCAUUAUUCCAAUACCAAAGAAACGGCAUGAAGAUCCCCCAAGACCAUUGUCAGAGAGAAAUCCAGACCACAAUGUUCCUCUUCCCAGAGCCCGAAUUCCACCUCAUGAAAAGAAUUCCAGGAUGUCCAAAGAUGGUGCUGAUCAACUGCGAAAACCAAGAACUGAUGCUGAUGUUGUUAUUCAAAGAAAUCCUCCGCCUCACAUGAACACCAGAAAGGAACCGAUGGGUGCGGAAUCCGUCCCGGUACAGCGUCCUGCUACCAGUAUGGGCUUCGUUAGAUCGUCUGCCAAUAAACAGAACAAAGACCAAGAACAACAACUUAACGUCCGUCAAAAACUUGAGCUGCUUCAAAGAAGAAAAUCCGGUGGAACAAGUUUGGAAGCGAGCUAUAAAGAAUUCAUUGCCAAUAACGACGAGAGUCCACAAGCCAGACCAGAUAGUCGCGGACAACGACCACCGUCAGGCGUCAAAGAAAAUCGCCGAAGAAGCUACACGACAUCCACGCCAGCAAAAUCCGAAGAUCGUCUGCAUCCAAAAGCUACCGAGAAAAUCCGACAGACUGACGGAAGAACGUCUCGAACCUCCAGUGACUCCAGUUCCUCCAAAGAUCAAAGUAAGUCCUCAAGAACUAAUAUCGUAGCUCCGGUCUCCCGCGUCCCUCCUUCCGGACCAGUUUUUGGAGACAGAUCAUCUCCUCGAUGGAAAGAAAUCGAGCACCUGUCUUCGGAAUCGACACCAGAACAACAUAGAAAUGGACGACGCCAAUCCCGUGGGGAUUACCCCUUCUUUUUGGAUUUCAGCAAGAGCACACCCGAGGUCACCAGUUCUUUAGACUCGCUGAAUCGAGAAGUCUCAGACCAUUUGGACUCUAAAAGUCGUCCGAGAGUAAACGGUGACUCUGGAAAUACACUGUCAGCUAUUCCUAAGGAUUCUAAACUAACCAUGGAGGAUCUGGAUGUUCAAGGAACGCCUCAACUUUCCUCGCCCGUGGAUUUCAACCCCGAUGGUAGUUCAAACGAGGACUUAGAUUUGGAAGUGCGCACGUUACUCGGACAUUCUGAAAACGGUGCGGAUACGUUAGACAUGGCGUUAUAUCAGAAACUGAUAAACGGGGCGGUGCAUAAAAAGAUUUGUGUCUUACGGGAUCGUAGUUAUCACUUGGAUAAAAAGGACAACGAUUUGAAAUCGAAACGUGAGCGACUACAACGUCGCAUGCAACAAACUUUAGCUAAAACGACAGCCAUGCUCAACAAAUCCGUGGAACUGGAGAGGUCUCGAGUUCAGGUGGAUUUAGAUGUGAUGGAUCCGUCCAAGGCGGAGGAGUUAGCAGUUAUCCAAGCCUUGUCUUCAACCGUCAGACCCAAGACUCCUAGUGGUUCCUCUGGAAUGGCAACUCGACCACAACACACCACCGAACGUCACAUCCGGAAACAUGACGUCAGACCAACUCAACAUGACGUCAGACCAAACCAAUAUGACGUCAGACCUCUCCAACAUGACGUCAGAACAGCUCAACACGACCAAAGAGUGGAACCACCACCCUACCCUAGUCUCCAAGUUUCGGUCUCACGGCGGGAAAAGGAAGAGUAUGUUUAGUUCCACACCAGUUCCUGAAAAACACAGACGUCUUACUAGUGCUAGUGUACAUAAUUCAAACUUUAAACGUUUCUGUCGUCUGCGUCGAGUCGUGAACGCGAAGCACGCUCGACGUUUGUCCCUUUCAAAGGAAUCUGUUGCAACUAAGAGAAAGGGGUCGUUCUAUAAUCCAAAUGCAAAGAAAUCUAAGACGAGUUUAAAUGAACAUUCUGAGAAUGACUCUAUGAAAUUUAGACGUUAUUGUGCGGCAAGACGCAUCACUGUGCGGAAAACGAGUAAGACGGGUGCGUUGAAAAUCCGUAGCAUUCCCACACCCAAAGACUCAAGUGUAAAAUGAUCUAGUUAUUACUAGAAUUCAUGUGUAUUUGUGAUAUUUUGUGCAAUGUUUUUGUAUGUAGACUGUAUGCUUAUUGUUUUCGGGGCAUCAGAAAUCAACUUACUUUGGGUUACAAACCUUUAUGGCUUCAUACUUUGUUUAAAGGACCUACAUGUACUAUUCUGUAUAGCAUUAUAGCCAUAUGAUUUGGUCAUGGGGGUCAUACAGCUUUAGCCAUCAUUAUUUUGAUAGUUUUGUCGGGUGCGGAUGCUAUUUGAACACAAGAUUUCUAUUUUUGCUGAAAUAUUGUCAGCUUAUGGACAAUACUGUCUGGUAUAUCUCUAGGUCCCCAUGUAUAUAUGUAUAGUAUUAUACUACGACUAUAACUUAACUUGUACCAUUCCGUCCUAUUCUCGUCUUUUCAUGGUUUCUCUUUUGAUUUUCAAUUUAUAUACAAAAGCAUGAAAUAUUAUAAAUGAU